AUGGAUAAUAUACAGCCAGUUCAAGCAUUGACGAAAUACAAGCUCGUGUUUUUAGGAGAGCAGGGGGUCGGAAAAACGAGUUUGAUCACAAGAUUUAUGUAUGACUUAUUUGAUCAGCAUUACCAGGCAACGAUUGGGAUUGAUUUUCUUUCAAAGACACUUCAGAUUGAUGAUAACACAGUUAGAUUACAGCUCUGGGACACAGCUGGGCAAGAAAGAUUCCGAUCUCUCAUCCCAAGCUACAUCAGAGAUUCUAAUGUUGGCAUCAUUGUCUACAAUGUCUCGGAAGAAAAGUCUUUCGCGAAAAUUGACACGUGGAUAAAAGACGUCAAGGAUCAAAGAGGCGAGGACGUCAUUAUUUUUCUCGUAGGCAAUAAGACAGAUUUGGAAGACAAGAGAAAGGUAGAGACUUCGACGGCGGAGAAGAAAGCAGCUGAGCAUGGGGUUCACUUUAUUGAAACAAGUGCGAAAAGUGGCUACAAUGUGAAUACGCUGUUUCAGCGCAUCGCAAGGGCAAUCACAGUGGUCAAUACAACAACCCAACAAAAGGACAUCCUGAUCGUCUCUCAAAAAGGACCGGACUCCGAACAAUCCUCAUCCUGUGCCUGCUAG